AUGCUCAGUCUCGCUCGCAAAACUCUGCAGCGCGUGCCCAGCUUCCAGGAUAUUUUACAAGGCAGAAUGACACACCCAGAUAUCUCAGUCGAUGUCCUGGUCAUCGGGGCUGGUCCCACUGGUUUAGGUGCUGCGAAGCGCCUCAAUCAGAUUGAUGGACCAUCUUGGAUGAUUGUGGAUUCCAAUGAGACCCCUGGCGGUCUGGCCUCUACAGAUGUUACCCCGGAGGGAUUCCUAUAUGAUGUUGGCGGCCACGUCAUCUUUUCCCACUACAAAUACUUCGACGAUUGCAUUGACGAGGCCCUGCCCAACGAGGACGACUGGUACACUCACCAGCGCAUCUCGUAUGUCCGCUGCAAGGGCCUCUGGGUCCCCUACCCGUUCCAAAAUAACAUCUCCAUGCUUCCCAAGGAGGACCAGGUCAAAUGCUUGGAUGGUAUGAUCGACGCCGCCCUUGAGGCCCGCGUUGCCAACACAAAGCCCAAAGACUUCGAUGAGUGGAUUCUCCGCAUGAUGGGGAGUGGAAUUGCAGAUUUAUUUAUGCGCCCUUAUAAUUUUAAGGUCUGGGCUGUGCCUACGACUAAGAUGCAAUGUGCCUGGCUUGGCGAGCGCGUCGCAGCGCCCAAUCUCAAGGCUGUGACCAGAAACGUCGUCCUACAAAAGACCGCCGGUAACUGGGGUCCCAAUGCGACUUUCCGCUUCCCCGCCCGUGAUGGUACCGGUGGAAUCUGGAUUGCCGUCGCAAACACUCUGCCCAAGGAGAAAACUCGAUUCGGCGAGCACGCCAAGGUCACCCAGGUCAAUGCUGGCAAUAAGACCGUUGUGCUUGCCGAUGGCACUACGGUCGGCUACCAGAAGCUCAUCUCUACCAUGCAGGUGGACACCCUUGUCGAGCAGAUGGGGGAUAAGGAGUUGGUCGAUCUGAGCAAGGACCUCUUCUACUCCUCCACCCACGUCAUUGGUGUUGGUAUCCGUGGUGAACGACCGGAGAGAAUCGGCGACAAGUGCUGGCUCUACUUCCCCGAAGACAACUGCCCCUUCUACCGCGCCACAAUCUUCUCCAACUACUCCCCCAACAACCAGCCAUCCGCCGACAAAAAGCUGCCUACCCAACAACUCGCCAACGGCUCCAAACCCUCCAAACCUUCCCCACAGCCAGGUCCAUACUGGUCCAUAAUGCUCGAAGUCUCCGAAUCCUCCCUCAAACCCGUCAACGCCGCCACCAUCCUCGCCGACUCCAUCCAAGGCCUCAUCAACACCGAAAUGCUCAACCCCACCGACGAAAUCGUCUCCACCUACCACCGCCGCUUCGACCACGGCUACCCCACCCCGUCCCUCGAGCGCGAAGGCGUCCUCACCCAGCUCCUGCCGCGCCUGCAGGCGCAGGAUAUCUGGUCGCGCGGCCGCUUCGGCAGCUGGCGGUACGAGGUCGGCAACCAGGACCACUCGUUUAUGCUCGGCGUCGAGGCUGUGGAUAAUAUUGUCAAUGGCGCUGUGGAGCUGACGUUGAAUUAUCCGGAUUUUGUCAAUGGGCGGCAGAAUGGGGAGCGGAGGCUUGUUGAUGGGGCGCAGGUGUUUGGGAGGGAGAAGAAAAACUAG